AAAUCAGCCCUCUUUGAAAAUGGAAACGCUAAGUGAAGGAGUGUGAUCCUGCUUUUUCUCUUACUCAUAGUAAUAAAACGACAGAAGAAAUGGAAAUAGCGGUGAUCAUCCUGAUGGCCAUGUCAGGUUUGACCAAAGGAGCUGGUGUGCUUCCAGGUCCUCUGAACGCAGCUGUGGGAGAGACAGUGAUGUUCAGCACAACUCUGACUCCACCAGAAAUACCAUUUCUAACAGUGAGGUGGAGAUUUGGUGAGAAGGUAAUACUUGAUUACGAUACCACUAGUGCCAACAUCCCUCAUCCGGAGUACGAGGGCAGGAUCACUCUCUUCAUAUCUACUGGAUCUCUGGAGCUCAGGAACGUGACUUCUAACGACAGUGGACAGUACAGCGUUAUCAUCGUUACAGGUGCAGGACAAGUAGAGGAUGGGAACACAGAACUGGGCGUACAUGUUCCAGUUUCUGAUGUCACGGCAACAGCCAGCAGCAGGGAUUUGCAGGAGGACACCUCUGUCCGUCUGUCCUGCUCCUCCUAUGGAUCCUCUCUGUCUUUCUUCUGGCUCAACGGCAGCUCUCAGCUUACAGCCGGCGACAGAGUUCAGCUCAGUGACGGAGGCGCAAAUGUCACAAUUAAUGUGACGCGCUACGACCAGGGAACAUUCAGGUGUUGUGUGUUCAACCUUGUCAGUGAAGCCACGAGUGAUCCAAUAAGCCUCUCCAUCAGCUUUGGUCCAGAAAAUAUUAAUUUGACAAUAUCUCCGUCACUUGAGCACUAUGAUGAAGGAUCAGAAAUCAGGCUGACGUGCUCAUCUGAGUCCAGACCUGCUGCCCAAUUUAUGUGGUUUCUAAAUGGGACCAUGCUAACUGCUACUGAACCAGAGCUCAGUCUGGUGAAUUUUCAGGAGAACCAGAGUGGGAACUACUGCUGUCAAGCCUUGAACGACAAAACUCUGAGAUCAAUACAAUCUCAGCCUGCAGCCGUCUCUGUACUGAAGAGAAUAUCAGGUGCUUCUGUCACAUCAGAAACAAACCUGUCGAUUGAGGGGAACUCUUUCAAAUUGUCAUGUGACGCUGGUGGCUCGAUGAUCUCCAGAGAGUGGAAGAAGGACGGCGUGAAGCUGACUCCAGAUGACCACCUGUCACUUCAGGAGAACAACAGAGUGCUGACUCUCAACAGUCUCAGUAGAAAAGACACCGGAGUUUAUUUAUGUAACGUCACCAACCCUGUGAGCCAAGAAGAAGCUGAAUACAAGAUGGUUGUUUACUAUGGACCAGAAAAUGUUCAAAUCAAAGGUCCAAGUGACAUUGAUUUGAAAACGACCUUAACAUUAACUUGCUCUGCUGAGUCCGUACCUGCUAGUUACACCUGGAUGCUGAACUCGACAGAGAUACACAAUUCUGCCGUUUACACUAAAGACAACACUGAACCGUCUGAUGGCGGCAACUACAUCUGUGAAGUGAAAAAUGUUGUGACUGGGAGAACAUCGUCAGCGCUCCAUGGAUUGUCUGUCACCGGGGCCCCUGGUCUGUCAGGUCUUUCAGUUGGGGCCAUUUCUGGAAUAGUUAUCCUUUGUUUAGCAGCUUCUUCUGCAGGAGCAGGUGGAGGCUACUAUAUUUAUAAGAAAAAAAUCAACAAGAAAGCUACGCCCCGUCCAGAAAGUAACGUUAACGCUUCACACCGGCGAGCUGAGUGGGCGGAGCCUAAUUCUCCCAGAACGGACGUUGUUUGUACAACAGAACAAGAAGGAUCUGUGUACGAGAACACGAAAAACAUAUAUGAAAACUGAAAACUCAACAAUCGUCUAUUGCUUAAAAAGCAGGCUACUUAAAAGACGAAGAGCUCCACAACAAGACGACACAUUUAUCAGACACAACAUAAUUAUUACCUUAUUCAUCUCAACAGUUAAUGUGUUAGUAAGGAUUUCUUAAUCCUCUAAUAGACAGAAAACGUGGUAUUUCCGCUGCAUUUACUGUCAAAAGCCAUUCCAAUUUUCACUGUCCAU